AUGUUUGAUAUUCUCUUCCAGGAGCAAGGCUCCCGGACACUGGCUGAGGUGAAGGGCCUUCAGUACGUGGCAGGGCAGACCCUCAAGGUGAAGUGCCAGUACCCGCCCCAGAGGGCUCCCUACGAGAGGAAAGGCUGGUGUAAGGGGCUGUCCCUACACGGGUGUCUGAAGUUAGUCUCCACCUCUGAGCCCCAGACACAGACCCAGGCCUCUCGCUUCACAAUCUGGGACAACCCCAGUGCCGGCUUCUUCACCGUGGUCAUGGCCGAUCUGAGGGAGGAAGACUCGGGCCACUACUGGUGUCGAAACUACCCCACUUCCAGACACUCCGCGUCUAGGUCCAUGAAGUUCUACAUUUCGGUGUCUGCAGCUCCCGCCAAGACCUCCCGGCAGACUCCCCCCAGGGCGCUGAGCACAGCCUUUACCAGGACAACCUGGCACCAGGUCCCAGCACAGACUUGGAGCAGUUUGGCCCCCAUCGGAGCUGCCACCAUUGCCCUUUCAGAGUACCCCAGCGCCCUCAGCUCCAACGUCCUGGUCGCCGUGCUGUGUGGACAGCUCACGGCCAAGCUCUUGGGGCUGGCUGUCCUGCUUGUCCUGUGA